AUGCAACCUCCUACGGCUAAUAACGAAUUCAAAAUGAUGCUUACGCGUCUUGUUAAGUUAUAUGUUCGUUGUUCUUACAUGGCCUCCUAUCCAACUGUGUCAAAAUCUGAGAUGUCCUUAUCUUUACUAACACCUCGACUAAUAUCACGCCAGUGUCUCAUUCGUAUAAUUGCUAUACGAAGUGCAUCCGGAUUCAAGCUACGGGGAGAGCAGUCAUUAAAAGCGGAUCCAGAUCAAGGAUAUUUCAAAUAUGAACGAGAUAUCUCCCGCGAUAAACGAUAUAGCAAUCCACAGAAGCUUGGAGACACACCCAUGAGGUUCUUAGUUCGCAAGCUUGGUCAUGCCUACGAGCUGUAUCCUAUCUUUGCGCUAACUGGUGUAUGGUUCAUCCUAUUCUGCUAUAUUAUAUACUAUUCAUUCGAGAAGAUGGAAGUCUGGAUUGACAGAAGCAAAACCACUGCUCCAUGGGACUGGGAGAGAGUUCGUGAUAAUUACUGGAAGAAGCCAACGCUUGCUUUCGACAGACAGGGCGUUAGCCAUGUAAGACUGGGUAUCAUGGAGCAGCUUCAAGACGAGAUGCUCGAAGCGGCUAGAGCACGAGGAACUCGAUAGAUUAUAGCGUGUAAUAUAGCUUUCUGGAAAGUAGUAUCGUUAUACCCAUGCUUCCUUUGUUUUAUUUUCAUCAUUGAGUUGACCAUGUAACAAUGUAACUGAAUGAAAUUUCAAGGGAA